GCCAGACACGGGUCACGUCACGCUGAUACUCCAUCACCAUGUCAGCUCCAAGCGCGCGUCACUGGGAACAGAACAAGGAGGCCACCGUCUACGUCGGCAACCUCCAUGAGCGCAUCACGCCCCGGCUCCUCCACGAGCUGAUGCUCAACGCCGGCCGCGUGCGCAACGUCAACAUGCCCGUCGACCGCGUCAACGGCCAGCACCAGGGCUUCGGCUUCGUCGAGUUCCACACCGAGGCCGAGGCCGACUAUGCGCCCAAGAUCAUGAACAACGUCGCGCUGCACGGCAACCGCAUACGCGUUAACAAGGCGUCGGCAGACAAGCAGAAGAACGUCGAGAUUGGCGCCGAGCUCUUCAUCGGCAACCUGGACGGCAUGGUGGACGAGAAGACGCUGUACGACACAUUCGGCCAGUUCGGGCCGCUCAUCAACGCGCCAAAGGUGGCGCGCGACGACAACGGCCUCUCCAAGGGCUACGGCUUCAUAUCCUUUGGCGACUUCGAGUCCUCCGACGGCGCCAUUGCCAGCAUGCACGGCCAGUACAUGAUGAACAAGCAGAUCUCCGUCCAGUACGCGUACAAGAAGGACGGGAAGGGCGAGCGCCACGGAGACGAAGCAGAGCGUAUGCUCGCGAAGCAGGCCAAGGCUCACGGUGUUGCGCCAGCCGUCCAGCCACUGCCAGCCCAUCUCUUCCAGCUGCCAGCUGCACUCCCUCCCAGCGGUCCCCAGGGUAUGAUGGAUGGUCGCGGUGUGUCUGGUGCGCCCAACGGACCUUCUGGGUUCGGUCCUCCAAACGGCAACUAUGGUCCUCCGAACGGAAACUAUGGUGCUCCACCUGGGCCUGCUGGCUUCGGACGCGCCCCACCCCCUGCUGGUCCUCCAUCUCUGCCUGUAGCGCCGCCUGCCUCUGGGUUGCCAGCCCGGCCACCAAGCGGCAUCUAUCCUCCGCCUGGGUUUGGCGGCGCGCCAAACGGUGCGCCCGGGUAUGGGUACCCACCUGCACCAGGCUUCGGGCCACCAGGCUUCGCUCCGCCACGGUAGACUUGUUCUCAUUGAGCACAGUGUCACACCUCCCCAGCGGCCAGUUGAAUAGAAAUUUGCAUACACGUUAGUCGAGUCCACUCGUGGAAGGGUUCCCGUUGGCGCUUGUCGGAGGGAUCAAAGCAGCCACCAAGCCGAGCACAGGCGCUGCCAACCGCACACGCGGACUAGAAAUGGAUAUAUCAAGGUGAGCUGGAGCCACCAAGAACGACCACACCCAUCGCAUAACAGACUGUUGCAUGGACUGGUGCAUUUGAAUAGUAAGGUAGAAAGAUAUCGAUUAGUAGCAAGAGUAGCAGACUAGGAACUGCCAAAGCUCAGUCGAGGAAGAGAGAAGAAAUGACAAAGGAAAGCUGAUGAAUGCAAACAAACAAACAAACAAACCAGCGAUAUGAGAGUUCUUGGAGCGUUCUUGCACACGUGAACCGUGUCACCCAGUGCGCAUCACGCAACAAAAUGAAAAUGAAAACGCCCGCUUCCCAAACGCAAUGAAGAACCCC